UAACCUACCACAAUAUUGUACUUACUAAGUAUGUAAAUAAGGAAAUGAUCAGCUGAUGUAUUAAUUAAUGUAUACGGCUGCAACCAAACGAAGAGGUUGUUGCAAUGGAGCUGCCUUUAAUCUCAUCAAUUCAACGUGUUCAAGUUUAUGAGACAAAAGCGCGUUACUACAUUAUUGGGUCCAACAGUACAGAGACGGCGUUCAGAGUUCUCAAGAUUGACAGACAGGAGCCAAAGGAUCUCGUGAUUCAAGAUGACAAGCAUGUAUACAAUAAAGUGGACAUACGAAAGCUCCUUGAGAUGAUAGCCUCUGGAAAUGUUAAAGCUGGAAAGCAGAAGCACACAGGGGAGGGCUUCAUGAAAUAUGUGUCUGCAUACGGGAUAGUAGGAUUUGUGCGCUUUCUGGAGGGGUACUACAUGGUUCUGGUAACAAAGAGAAGCAUAGCGGCAGUCAUUGGUGGUCAUGUGACCUACAAGAUCGAGGAUACAGUGAUGCAGUACAUUCCCAACAUGCCCGCUGAUAAGUACAUGCACCCUGAUGAGCCCAGGUAUGUAAAGAUGUUCCAGAGUGUGGACCUCUCCAGUAACUUCUACUUCAGCUACAGCUAUGACUUGACUCACACUCUUCAGUACAACAUGGCUCCGUCCGUGGACCCCAAGUUUGGUGAACCCAAGCAGACGGACAAACACAAGAGCAAUGUGUAUGGAGUGAAGGUAGCACCUGAGAGAAACUAUGUGUGGAACAAGUACCUGAUAGAGCCAUACCAGGCCCAUGUACAUUCAGACUGGAUCCUUCACAUCAUCUAUGGCUUCAUAGCACAGUCUAAUAUGUACAUCUAUGGAAAGUCAGUGUACAUAACAUUGCUAGCACGACGUUCCAACCAGUUUGCAGGACCACGAUUUAUGAAGAGAGGAGCUAAUAGCCAGGGAGCGGUUGCUAACGAGGUGGAGACAGAGCAGAUAGUGCAGGACAUGUGUGUGACCCAGCUUCACAAGGGACGUAUAUCCUCAUAUGUACAGAUGAGAGGAUCCAUCCCACUGUACUGGUCCCAGGACAUCUCGAAAAUGGUUCCCAAACCAGCUAUAACUGUUGAUAAGCGCGACCCGUACUUCCACACAGCUGGGCUGCACUUCAACCGCCUUCUCUACAGAUAUGGGGCUCCUGUCAUACUGCUGAACCUUGUCAAGCGUCGUGAGAAGCGUCGCCAUGAGGGCCUGCUGUGUGACGAGUAUAAGGACUGCAAGGCCUAUCUCAACCAGUUCCUACCGCCUGACAAGCAGCUCAUUUACAUCGGCUUCGAUAUGGCGCACUACACCAAGAAGUAUGCAAAACACACCAAUGACGUGUUUGACCGUCUGGCAGGGAUAUCCAGGUUCUGUGUCAAGCAGACUGGUUUCUUUUUGCAACUGCCACAAUUGAGAAGUGGCUUCUGGGAGCAACCAGAAUAUGAUGGCGUGAAGGGAAACAAGACGGAGUCUGGGUGCAGACAGACAGGUGCUGUGCGAACCAACUGUGUGGAUUGUAUAGACAGAACCAACACGGCACAGUUUGCUGUAGGGAAGUGUGCAUUAGGAUAUCAGUUAUGUGCCCUUGGUGUUCUACCAGUCCCUGAUCUCGACUUUGAUACAGACUGUGUCACGAUGUUGGAAGAGCUGUAUGAAAACAUGGGCAACACGCUGGCCCUUCAAUAUGGAGGUUCGCUACUCGUCCACAGGAUUGAAGGAUACCGCAAGAUUGCACCAUGGAAGGCGCACUCUGUGGACAUAUUCCAGACUUUGUCUCGAUACUACAGCAACGCAUUCUCUGACCUAGAGAAGCAGCAGGCUAUGAACGUGUUUCUGGGGGUGUUUGUUGCCCAUGACAACGAGCUCAACAUCUGGGACCUGCCCACUGAUUUCUACCUUCAUAACCCCGAUGCAGCGGGCCUGAAAAUGCAUAGAAAAAGCUACACCAUGUGGUGUGAUCCUGCAAUCUUCAAUCACCUGCCUCUGCCCUUUGAAGAAGCCUGCAAGCCCUGUCAUAGCCUGAUACAGGUGCUGUCUAGAGAAGACGAGGCUGUCAAUGUGCUGUUUGAGAACUACAAGCCAUACACACUGACAGACAUCAAACGUCUCGCUCAGGACAUGGAGAAAGUCAUAAGAAACUACAGGCAUAGAAUCUACCGCAAUCCGAGUCCAUUUGAGAGGCGGGCCAGUUUUGAUGGCAAAGACAGUAGAUUUGCUGCUUUAUCCAUUGGAGGAAGUAGUUCCCAUCAUCAUCAUCAUUCUGGGAAAUUUAUGUUACAGUCAGCCAGCCAAGAACUGGGUCGCACGAUCAGUGUGAAGGACUCCACUGCUUCCAUGUCGUCAAACACAUCGAAAUCAUCGGAGGACAGCUCGAGCAGCGCUAGUAGCGUGGAGGGGGAUAUUGUCACCUCCAGCAGUAGUGACGAUGAAGAGUCCCACUUUAAACACCGCGUGGCCAAGGUCAGCCACACUGAGCCUAACGUGUAUGACCUUGACCUAGCCCAGUAUGAGGAAGAUGAGUUUACACAGGAGUUGUACAAGAGGUAUGUGGACAUUGGUGCUGCUGACCAGAGCAAAUUGUCAGAGAUGAAGGUGCCGCACCUCAUGGCUUCUCCUAAAAUCGAGCCUCUAGGAGAGUACCCUGGUGACAUAUACGGUGUGGAGGAGCCAGAGGUCAGCAAGAGGUCCAUGGAUGUCUACAUCCGCUAUGUGCAGUGUGGCCUGGGAGGGGCCAGCGAGCCGUCUGCUGCCAACAAGGAGAUCUAUCGCAACUACAUACGCCAGCUCUAUAUGUGAUGUACCAGAAUGGACCUACAUAGGCCAGCUCUAUAUGUAAUGUACCAGAAAGGCU